CAUUGUUUCAUCCUCGAGGUCUGGGGUUCGAAGCUUCCCUUUUCACUUUUUUGAUAAUUUUUUUUGUCUUCCCUGCUUCGUCUUCUUUCUACCGGAAACUCUGAAACCGCCAUGGAUGUUGACGGGCCUUCCUCUGGUCGGCGAAAGGUCCGAUUCGCUCCUAAAGCUCCUCAAUCUUCAAGAAAGCCCAAACUCGCUGUUGCCAAAUCUGAAACGAGUGAUGAAGAUGAAGAAGCUGCUCAGGCGCAAUAUCUUCUUGGACGUUUCAACGAGAAUCUAACGCGACAAAAGCCGAAAGUUGAGAAGAAAUCUUCAGUGCAAAUUGCAUUUGGUCCUGGAGCCCCAUCAUCCACUUCAUUGAGGUCAUAUGGCAAUAAAAGAGCUGGUAGAAUCCUAGAUGAUUCGUCUUCGACUUCCAAAGAAGAUUGCACUGAUAUAUGUUCUUCAGAUGCUAUUGAAGCACCAGCCCCAAGAGUCAAGAGUGAAUACAGAGAACCAUGGGAUUACAACCGCACUUACUAUCCUACUACCCUUCCUCUGAGAAGACCUUACUCGGGUGACCCUGAACUUCUAGAUGAAGCAGAAUUUGUAGAGACUGCUAAAAAGGAAUAUGAUGAGACAACUAUUAAUCCUGCAUCAGAUCUUGGGCUACUGGAGGAAGGUGACAAACAAAAGAUGCUCUUCUUUCAGUUCCCCGGAAAUCUUCCUAGAAUUAAGCAACCAGUUAGCAAGAAGGGGAAAGAGAAAGCUGAGCACUCGGUAUCAUCUGAUAGGUUUGGAGCUUUAAAGAAAGGAUGCCGGUUGGAAGAGCUGCCGGAGGGAUAUGUGGGGAAAAUGCUGGUUUACAAGAGCGGAGCGGUCAAGUUGAAGAUAGGAGAAACACUCUUUGAUGCAUCGACUGGUGAAGAUUGUGUGUUCGCACAGGAUGUUGCUGCCUUCAAUACCGCAAGCAAACAGUGUUGUGUCAUUGGUGAGGUUGGUCAACGGGUAGUUGUCACUCCGGACUUUAGUUUUCUUUAGGAAUGUAAUAAUUGUAAGAAGAAGAAGAAGAAGAAGAAGAAGAAGAAGAAGAUAUCCUGUGUUAUCCAAUCUGAUUUACUAUUUUGAAUAGAAUAUUUAAACUCUCAAAUAUGCUAUAUGUGAAUUCGAUGUUAGUAAAUUAAGAAAUUUUAGAUCUUAAAA